AUGGUUUGGUACGAUGCCAACGGUACAUAUCACAAACUGGGAAAUCGCACAGGAUGCUAUGAUCAAGCAUGGAGCAGAGACAGAUGGGUUCCUAUGCUUUUGGAUUAUCUGAGAAAUGGCAUGGGAGUUAUUAUGUCUAACGGCAAAGUUUGGAUGGACCACAGACGCUUCACCUUGCAAACACUACGAGAUUUUGGUUUCGGGAAAAAUAUUAUGGAAGAGAAGAUAAUGGAAGAGUUCAACCUCAAGUUUGAGGAAGUGGAUGCCGAAAUUCAGCGAAGCGGAAGCAGUAUUGUUGAUCCAUUCCAGGUUAUAGAUGUUCUCAUCGGCAGCAUUAUCAGCAGGAUUUUGUAUUCAGAACGUCUCGACAGUGUUUACCUCACCGAUUACUCUAGACCCAUGGGUGUUUCAUAA